CAGAGCCACAUCCAGCUUGGCUUUGAAUGCCUCUAAGGGAUGGGGCAUCCACAGCCUCCUCGGGCAAUCUGAGAGCUGUAGUGAGACAGCAGAGAGUCCCACUGGGGAGAUAUCCCUGUAUCCAUGCGGGCGAUGAUGGCUAUAAGCCUUGCAAACAAGUAGCAACGACGUGUGGUUGUGAACGAUGGUGCUGUGGUGGAACACAGGCAGAGAGGCAACACGUCCUGCUGUGUGCUCGUGUUGCUGUAGGGUCUGCAUGUGCUCUCCUGGUUAUAUAGGUGGCACCUCCUGGGGGGCGGAGGGAGGCUGAUAUCGCGUGAUUAAACCUUCAACAUCUCUUAGGUAUAAAUCAGGGCAAGGCUCGCGCAUCUGACACCCUCAGAGCGUGUUGUGAACAUCCAGCCAAGCACUGCUGAACUUUGCAGGAGUCUGACACAAGUCUGGCAGAGACGCUUCACAAAGGAAGGAUGUGGUGGAUAAUUCUUCUAAGCACAAUUGCUCUAGCAUGGACUACACCCAUCCCCUUAAUAGAGGACUCGGAGGAACUGGAUGAGCCUUGCUUCGAUCCAUGCUACUGUGAAGUGAAGGAGAGCCUUUUCCAUAUACAUUGUGACAACAAGGGAUUUAUAAAUAUUAGUCAGAUAACAGAGUCGUGGUCGAGACCUUUUAAACUUUAUCUGCAGAGGAAUUCCAUGAGGAAAUUGUACACCAACAGUUUUCUUCACUUAAACAACGCUGUGUCCAUUAACCUCGGGAACAAUGCACUGCAGGACAUUCAGACGGGGGCUUUUAAUGGGCUCCGAGUCCUGAAGAGGUUGUAUUUGCACGAGAACAAAUUGGACAUUUUCAGAAACGACACUUUCCUGGGUUUGGAAAGUCUGGAAUAUCUGCAGGCAGAUUACAAUGUCAUUAAGCGGAUUGAAAGCGGGGCGUUUCGAAACCUAAGUAAAUUGAGGGUCCUUAUCCUAAAUGACAAUCUCAUCCCCAUGCUUCCCACCAACCUAUUUAAGUCCGUGUCCUUAACCCACUUGGACUUGCGCGGGAACAGGUUGAAAGUGCUCUCGUACCGCGGGAUGUUGGACCACAUUGGCAGGAGCCUGAUGGAGAUUCAGCUGGAGGAGAACCCGUGGAACUGCACGUGUGAGAUCGUGCAGCUGAAGAGCUGGCUGGAGCGCAUCCCCUACACCGCCUUGGUAGGGGACAUCACCUGCGAGACCCCCUUCCACUUCCACGGCAAGGACCUGCGGGAAAUCAAGCGGAGCAAGCUGUGCCCCAUGCUGUCCGACUCCGAGGUGGAAGCCAGCCUGGGCAUCCCCCAGCUGUCCUCCAGCAAGGAGAACGCAUGGCCUACCAAGCCCUCCUCCAUGCUGUCCUCCUUCCAUUUCACCGCUUCCUCGGUUGAGUACAAAACCUCCAACAAGCAGCCCAAGCCCACCAAGCAGCCCCGGGUGCCCCGGCCUCCUCCAACGCCCCGUGGGCUGUACCCUGGGCCCAACCAGCCGCCCGUGGCCGCCUACCAGACCCGGCCCCCCAUCCCCAUCAUCUGCCCCACGGGCUGCUCCUGCAGCUUGCACAUCAACGACCUGGGCCUGACAGUCAACUGCAAGGAGAGAGGCUUCCACAACAUCUCUGAGCUCCUGCCCAGGCCCCUGAAUGCCAAGAAGCUGUACCUGAGUGGGAAUUUGAUACAGAAAAUCUACCGCUCCGAUUUCUGGAAUUUUUCCUCUUUGGAUCUCUUACACCUGGGGAACAACCGCAUUUCCUAUGUGCAGGACGGGGCUUUUAUCAACCUGCCCAAUCUCAAGAGCCUCUACCUGAACGGCAACGACAUCGAGCGGCUCACCCCGGGCAUGUUCCGGGGCCUGCAGAGCUUGCAUUACCUGUACUUCGAGUACAACCUGAUCAGGGAAAUCCAGCCGGCGGCCUUCAGCCUCAUGCCCAACCUGAAGCUGCUCUUCCUCAACGACAACCUGCUGCGCACUCUGCCCACCGACGCCUUUGCCGGCACCUCGCUGGCCCGGCUCAACCUCCGCAACAACCACUUCUUGGCGCUGCCGGUGGCCGGGGUGCUGGAGCACCUGCAUGCCAUCGUGCAGAUCGACCUGAAGCUCAACCCCUGGGACUGCACCUGCGAGCUGGUGCCUCUCAAGCAGUGGCUGGAGGCCCUCAGCUCAGUCAGCGUGGUGGGCGAGGUGCUGUGCGCCAGCCCCGAGCGCUUGGCCCGACGCGACCUCCGCGCCCUGGAGCUGGCCGCGCUCU